UCGGACGGACUGACCGCGGAAUAUUCGCCAUUCGUUAAAAUCACGUUUAUAUGACAGUACGCAGUUACAUAAACGUAAUUAAAAUCACGUGUGCUUGAAGACGCCGACCAGAGACUUAGUUUAUCAAAGUAUCGAGUUUGUAUUUACAACAUGGCGGCACCCGUAGCUGUGCUCUCGUCUUCAAACUGACCAGUGUUUUGGACAGAGACGAUGUUACUUUCAGCUCGCCGCCUCUCCAAAGUGCUGCAGCUCACCCUGGCGGUCAUCAAACCAGAUGCUGUAGCUCAUCCUGUCAUCUUAGAGGCUCUUCACCAGAGAAUCCUGGACAACAAUUUUGUGAUUGUCAGAUCUAAAGAUGUUGUGUGGAGGAGACAGGACUCUGAGAGCUUUUAUGCUGAACAUUCAGGGCGAUUCUUCUACCAAAGACUGGUUGAAUUCAUGUCAAGUGGUCCGAUGCGAGCUUACGUUUUAGCCAGAGAGGACGCCAUCCAUCACUGGAGAGAACUGAUGGGACCGACCAAAGUGUUCCGAGCCAGAUACACCUCGCCCGCUACCAUCAGGGCUCAGUUUGGACUCACGGACACACGAAACACAACUCACGGCUCAGAUUCUGUUGAGUCGGCACAAAGAGAAAUACGUUUUUUCUACCCAGACUUCUGCGCGGAGGAGUGGAUGGAGAAGGAGGAGCCAUCGUUUCGAUCGGGAAGGAUACAUUACGACCUUAAAAAACAGAUUCACACACUUUCAAAGCAAAGCUGACCCCAGACCUGCCGUCUACAGUCUCUGAUCCCCAGAGGACCGCUCGGAUACUCUGCAAUCGUUAGUCGAUGGCUCGUACACACACGCAAGCUCCCAGAGAGGAUGUCACAAUUCGACAUGCUGUACAGAUAUAAUGUCUAAUGUCUGAUGAUCCCAGAAAGUCCAUGUUAUUUGUGCCAAUUUGUUCAUCCCAUGUUUUUGUCAGUAAAACAUAUGAAGUCAUUUACAAGGACCAUACGUGUUUUUGUUAAAUUUUAUUGUCAUUAGAAAACACGAACGACCAUAUAAGAAAAUGUAACACCGUAUUGUACAAAAUGACACGACUUAGAAAGACAAUGCUUUACAUUGUCUUCACAAACUCCUUUCCAGGCUUCACUGUAAAUACUGCAAUCGUCACGAUCAGUUUCAGUUUCCUGAGCCAUUUAGAUUGUAGCACAGCAGCAACUACAUGUUAUGUAUCUGUGUCAAAGAACAAAACUAUAUGCGUAGCUUGUGAAUAUUCACUAAUGUGAAAUAAUACUGUAAUAAUAGCUUUACACGUAUAUAUAUAUAUUUAAUCCUCAAAAGCAUCGUGAAAUAGCAAUGAGAAGGCUUCUUAGAUUCUAGGUCACUUGAGAAAUUUGAAACGUGCUAAGAAGUGAUUUCCUGUCUUCUGUAAUAAACUA